GUCAAUUUUGUUUCCUAACCUAAAUAAAUAUUUGAGGUUGGAAAAAUAAAAAUACUGUUCUUAUUCGUUAAAAGAACGAUAAAUAUUAUAGGUGACCUAUUACUAUAUUUUUUAAGUGUUUUGUAAUUUGUGUGAUCAAAUAAAAAUGGGUAAUGAUAAUCUGACGAAGGAGCAAAAGGACUUUCUGGAAGAGUGCAAUUUAGAGUUCUCAGAACGCUUUACUGAUUCGGAUAUCGAAUACAAGAAAAUUUUUGAUUCCGAAAUUCCACCACCUCCGAUAGUCGCCCCCUGGUACGGGAGGCAGAGAUUUAACAAUAGAGACAGGCCUGGAGGCAGUUACAACAAUUACAGAGAUCAGAAUUACAGACGAGAAGGAAAUCAGAAUUACAGACGAGAAGACAAUCACAAUUACAGGCGAGAAGAUAAUCAAGGUUAUAGACGAGAAGGAAAUCGUAGUCACGGGGACAGGAGGUAUCGUCCAUAUUAGAACACUGAGAGAUUUACCUUUACCGUUGGUUUAUAAAUAUAAUGAGGAACAGCUCUUAAUAAUUUCGAUUGGUACCUUUAUUGGUAUUUUGUUGUGGAAAUAAUAAGAGCUUGUUAAAAAAUUAACUGUGGCGUUGAAGAAAACAGUUCAAUAAAAAACUGUGAUUUUUAAAUAUUUAACAUCACUUUAGUAUAAUACGUUUUGGGUAGAGUAAUUUCUAAUAAUAUAAGACUUUUUUCUGCAGCAUGUUUCAAAAAUUUAAAGAUAAUUUUGAACCUGAAGUUUGGUACAUGCUACUGGCAUAAAUGAAACAUAAACCUAAAAUAGAUUUUUUUCUACAAUUAUUGUAAAAAUUGUAUUCAUG